UGCCUGGAAUAUCGCAAAGGUUUUGUGGAGUUUGACAAUGAAUGCUUCCGGAAGUAUGGGAAAGUCUGGGGGUUUUACGAUGGCAGGCAGCCCGUGCUGGCGGUCAUGGACCCCCAGAUUAUCAAAGCCGUGCUCGUCAAGGAGUGCUACACCACCUUCACCAACCGCAGGCCUGUAGACCUGGCAGGGGUGCUCAGAGAUGCUGUCUCGAUAGCUGAGGACGAACACUGGAAGAGGCUUCGUACCGUGCUCUCUCCAACCUUCACCAGUGGGAAGCUAAAGGAGAUGUUUCCCAUAAUAAAGCACUUUGGGGACACCUUGGUGAAAAACGUCCAGAAGGAAGGGGAAAACGGUCGGCCUAUAGACGUGAAGGACAUCUUUGGAAGCUACAGCAUGGAUGUUGUCACUAGCACCUCAUUUGGCGUGAACAUUGAUUCCAUGAACAACCCCAAAGAUCCCUUUGUCAGAGAGAUGAAGAAGCUUGUCAAGUUUGACUUUUUUGAUCCACUCUUCAUUCUGCUAUUUGUUUGUCCAUUCCUUGCUCCCCUUCUUUCCAAGAUGAAUGUAAGCUUCUUCCCCAGUGAUGCUGUAGAUUUCUUCAUGAGGUCUAUCUCCAAAAUUAAGAAGAAUCGUGAAAAGGAGAUACACCAGGGCAGAGUGGAUUUUCUGCAGAUGAUGAUUGAAUCCCAAAACUCAACCACUCGCAGCAACGACGAUGCAAACCACACCUAUAAAGGCUUGACUGACAUGGAGGUCCUGUCCCAAGCAUUUAUUUUCAUCUUUGCUGGGUAUGAGCCCACCAGCAACACGCUUUCCUACCUGGCAUAUGAACUGGCCACACACCCCGAUGUACAGCAAAAACUGCAGGAGGAAAUCGACUCCAUUUUGCCCAAAAAGGCUCCGCUCACGUACGAUGCAGUGAUGCAAAUGGAAUAUCUUGACAUGGCUGUGAACGAAACGCUCCGGCUCUUCCCUCUUGGAGGACGACUCGAAAGAGCCUGCAAGCAAAGCAUAGAAAUCAAGGGCGUGACCAUUCCCAAAGGGAUUGUUGUUAUGAUCCCACCCUUCACCCUGCACCGCAACCCCGAGCACUGGCCAGAGCCGGAGGAGUUCAGACCAGAAAGGUUCAGCAAGGAGAACAAGGCAGAUAUAGAUCCGUAUACGUUCCUGCCCUUCGGAGCAGGUCCCAGGAACUGCAUUGGCAUGCGCUUUGCUCUCCUCAUUCUCAAAGUGGCCAUCGUCAUCCUGCUGCAACACUUCAACUUCCGUACCUGCAAGGAGACUCCGAUCCCUCUCCAGCUGAGUUCACAGGGAUUCCUAAAACCCAAGAAACCUAUUCUUCUGAAGUUAGUCCCUAGGACAGAAGCAUAA